UCAUUUGAUAAAUAAGGGUACUGAGUCAGAUAAAGAUAUCUCUGAUCCAUGAACACCAAGAGGAGUAUACAGGAUGAUUUAACCAGGGUGUUGACAGAAAGGAUGUUUAAACAUUUUCGGAAAUGGUUUGUCAUGCACCUCUUCCGGCGUUCUCGGCAAAGGGCAAGGCUGGUCUCCAAGGAUGGAAGGUGCAACAUAGAGUUUGGCAAUGUGGAGGCACAGUCACGGCUUAUAUUCUUUGUGGACAUCUGGACAACUGUGCUUGACCUCAAAUGGCGAUAUAAAAUGACCGUUUUCAUCACAGCCUUCUUGGGGAGCUGGUUCCUCUUUGGUCUUCUGUGGUAUGUGGUCGCCUAUGCGCACAAGGACCUCCCAGAGUUCCAUCCUCCUGCCAAUCACACCCCCUGUGUGGAAAACAUCAAUGGCAUGACUGCAGCAUUCCUGUUUUCUCUAGAAACACAAGUGACCAUUGGGUAUGGAUUCAGGUGUGUGACAGAACAAUGUGCCACUGCCAUUUUUCUGCUUAUCUUCCAGUCUAUACUUGGGGUUAUCAUCAACUCUUUCAUGUGUGGAGCCAUCUUAGCCAAGAUCUCCAGGCCUAAGAAACGUGCCAAGACCAUUACCUUCAGCAAAAACGCAGUGAUCAGCAAGCGAGGUGGGAAGCUUUGCCUCCUGAUCCGAGUGGCUAAUCUAAGGAAGAGCCUUCUUAUUAGCAGCCACAUCUAUGGGAAGCUUCUGAAGACCACAGUGACCCCUGAAGGGGAGACCAUCAUUUUGGAUCAGACCAAUAUUAACUUCCUGGUCGAUGCUGGCAAUGAAAAUUUAUUCUUCAUCUCCCCACUGACAGUUUAUCACGUCAUUGAUCACAACAGCCCCUUCUUCCACAUGGCAGCAGAAACACUCCCCCAGCAGGACUUUGAAUUAGUGGUGUUUUUAGAUGGCACAGUGGAAUCAACCAGUGCCACCUGCCAAGUGCGGACAUCUUAUGUCCCAGAGGAGGUGCUUUGGGGAUACCGCUUUGCUCCCAUAGUGUCCAAGACCAAGGAAGGGAAAUACCGAGUGGAUUUUCAUAACUUUAGCAAGACUGUGGAAGUGGAGACCCCUCACUGUGCCAUGUGUCUUUACAAUGAGAAAGACGGGAGAGGCAGGAUCAAGACAGGCUACGACAACCCCAGCUUUACCUUGUCAGAAGUCAAUGAAACUGAUGACACUCAAAUGUAGCAGGAGCUUUUCAAUUCGAGCAACACUGAAUCUUUAGAGUAACUAGUGCCCAGAAGUAUUACAAAGCAAUCAACAAUUUAGGGGUAAGAAAGUAGGAUAAAAGUCUUGAAAAUCUAUCAGCACUAUGACCCCUGGUAAAUGUGAUCCUGCAAGGCUGGCAGCUUUCAAAGCUACUAGAUUGGAACAUGCAAUGCAUUUGUAAGAAACUGGCUUACGGAAACUAUAUGCACUCGCUUGGAUCUUGACCAUGGAAUCGGGCAGAAUUUCUGGGAAUGAAAAACAAAAUAAAAAACAAAUAAACAAAAAAAAAACCAGUUUCAUGAACAGGUCAGAUAAGAUAUUCCUUGAAUUUUCCAUGAAACUUGCUGAGUUCUGAGCUUUGCAUAGGAUCAGGGGAAUACUGCAUUCUUCCUUGGAGCCUACUGAUGAGAAAGACAGCAUUUCAACAGUGACUUCUAACAAUGGGAAAAUGGUACCCUGUAUUGGGGGUUGAUGAACUAGCUGACUGGUCUCCAGAAAAGACCACCACUUGAAGCAGGACUUGAAAGUCUUGAAGCUUUUGCAGCCUUGGUAUCUGCAGGCUUUGUCUUAGUCUGUAACAUGUAUGUUUCAAGAAGUACCUGGCAAGGCACAGGCCAGGGACUCUGCACCCUUCAUCUGCGAGAUAGAGAGGAAGAUGCCAGAGCAGCACCUGCUCUACAAUAUCCAGAUGCUGCAGCCUCUGCUGAGUUUUGGUCCAAAUGAUCUCAAGUGGACCCUUAGAUGGAGCCUGCAUCUGCAUUCUAAAAUGUUGAUGAAUACUGUUCUCUAAGCCAGGAAGGAUUGAGCUGAGAGUGCAGAGGACACUUCUUCAUUCUGUACUGGAAGGCUGAAGUGCUGCACAUCUGUUACAACAGCAUUUCUCGCUCUUCCAAGUCAUCAAUGAAAACUCGGAAGGUGCAGUGUGAGACCGGAAGACGCUACACUGCUGCUGCUUCGGAGAGAAGUCCUGUGUGUUCUCCGCCUAGUGUUUGUCCACAAAAGUGAUUCAAAGGAGAAGUGGGAAGGAGAAGACUGGGAUGUGGCUUCACACUGAGGACACCUCUGUGUCUUCUUUUCUUGGGCAACCCAUGCCACAUCUUCCUGAAAGGCAUCGUUUUAAUGAAAAGAUUGCCCUUUGGGAAGAUUUUGCUGUGAAUGUCUUGUUCAGUUCCCUGCCUACAUUAUUUUGAAUGUACCUUGGGAAACAAAC